AUGCUGCUCCUGUGGUCGCGUUUGGCCGCGCUCGCUCUCGUGGCGAGUUUGGCGACGGGUAGCCCCGUUUCCCCCUCGCCCCUGAAGGCGCUCGACAAUGGCCUGAGCCUCGAGCCCGCCCCUCGCAACGAACAACUCACCAACGUCAAGAAGCGAGGCGUCUCCGUUUCACCCGCCCUCAAUUCUGACCAGAGAUGUCUCUCAUCUCGACCCUCUCGCGAAACGCCGCCGUCCGCGUCUCCCCCAUCGUCUAUCCUUGGGGAAGCGAGACAUACCGCCCCGGCGACACGGUCACAUACAGGUGGCCGCCGACCCACGCCCCAGCAAAAGCCGAUCUUUGGUUAACAUGCCGUGGGAUUACGGGUGGGGAAACCAGUGAGCUCCGUCAGAUGCCCCCCAGAACAGGUCAAAAGGCCGCUGCGACCCUAACCACAGGAAGACCCCAAGUCUAAACUUGAUGUUGACUCAAAGCUAUGGGGAUUAUCGCUUUCAACAUCCCGCUCUACAAGGGAGGCACCACCACCACGAUCCCGAUUGACUUACCCAGUUGGCUCCUCACCGAUGACAAAGGAGUAAAUGUGAAUGUCUCGGCGUAUGUGUUUCCACUGCACCCUCCUUUUCUCUCGAGGUUUGAUCAACCGACAGCUUGUCUGUGCCCACAGAAUCUUUUACUUCGGCGUCUCACGGGACCAUUACUUGAAAGAUCCGGGAGUAUUCGGCAAUAGUACCCAUUCCUUUAUCAUCAAGAUCAAUUAG